AUGACCUUUGAUCCACAUCAAGAAACGCUCAGUCGAGGUGAAGCAAUGGAGUUUGAUCGUCACAAAGCUGUACCUCCAUGGCACAGAGAGUUCGUAGAGGACAGAUCAUUCGAUCCGACCUAUCGGCCUUCCAUGGUAACGUUCGACUAUCGCGGCUCAGAAAUGAGAUCUGUGGAUCAGAGAGCAACUGCGGGGUUCCAGAGGGAAAAUGAAGCCUUCCGUUCAGCAACUCGAAAGGUUGACUCACCGUUCACUGAUGAAAUUCUGAAUGCUUCGAGUCCGAGGAAAUUUUCCAUGCCCAUCUUCAUUCUGUUCGACAGAACGACCGAUCCGAUUGAUCAUGUGUAUCACAUCCAGUUGAAAAUGGCUCUGAACACUGAGAAUGAUUCCUUGAUGUGCAAGUGUUUUCCUACAAGUCUAGCUGGACCAGCCCUCAAUUGGUUUAAGAACCUGCUGAGGGGCUCAGUAGAUAGUUUUCGAAACUUAUGUGAUCGGUUCAUAAGCCAAUAUUAUGGAAAUAAGCGACCGACAAAGGACAUUUCAAGCCUAUUCACAAUGAAGCAGCAUGAGGAUGAGCGCCUCCAAGCUUUCCUAACCAGGUUUUACCUUACUAGGAGUAUGGUAAUUGAAUGUCACCCUUCUACGGCGGUUCAAGCAUUUAUACUGGCCAUGACUCGUGGCACUCCAUUCCACAUAAGCUUGGUAGUGAAUAUGCCGAAGACUAUGGAUGAACUAAAUGAAAGAGCCGAUGGAUAUGUGCGCUUAGAAGAAGAAGAGGCAGCAAAUGCUCGAAAAACAUCCGUCAUAUCAACAGAGGACAAAACCAAAGCAAAGAUCAGACAAAAGCAGGUUCAGCCACAGCGUUCUGCGUGGAAAUCUGAGAAGAGGCCCAGAGAGGAAGAGCUGGUUACUCCAUUGAAAGUCACCUUAGCAAGGCUAUACCAAGAAAACAAAGAUAAGUUCCGACCACCUUUACCAAUCAGACAACCCCUCGAAUAG